UCUAAGAGCUCUCAGAUCGAUCCUGAGGAGUUGUUCACUAAACUGGAUCGUAUCGGAAAAGGAUCGUUUGGAGAGGUGUUUAAAGGCAUCGAUAAUCGCACUCAGAGCGUCGUUGCCAUAAAGACCAUUGACCUGGAGGAGGCGGAGGACGAGAUCGAGGACAUCCAGCAGGAGAUCACGGUUCUCAGUCAGUGCGACAGUCCCUACAUCACCAAGUACUACGGCUCCUACCUGAAGGGCAGUAAACUAUGGAUCAUCAUGGAGUAUCUGGGUGGAGGUUCAGCUCUGGACUUGCUGCGGGCGGGUCCGUUUGACGAGUCUCAGAUUGCCACCAUGUUGAAGGAGAUCCUGAAGGGUCUCGACUACCUGCACUCAGAGAAGAAGAUCCACAGAGACAUUAAAGCUGCCAACGUCCUGCUGUCGGAGCACGGUCAGGUGAAGCUGGCGGACUUCGGCGUGGCCGGUCAGCUGACGGACACGCAGAUCAAGAGGGAAACCUUCGUGGGAACGCCGUUCUGGAUGGCUCCCGAGGUCAUCCAGCAGUCCGCCUACGACUCAAAGGUCGGUUGCCGAGACAAGAAGUGCACACAAACACAACGAGGCGGACGCGUGCCGCCAUCUUGAUGUAAACAUGUUGGGGGUGUGACUGUUUCUAUACGCGCUACAGUCCGGCUGCUCGUGCACGUGGACGUUUUCUAA